ACUGAUCAUCAGGGCACUGAUGAUCAGUGUAGCCCCAUCAGUGCCACCUGUCAGUGUCCAUCAAUGCCACCUGUCAGUGCUCAUCAGUGCCACACCAAUGCCAUAUAUCAGUGCCUACCAGUGCCACCUAUCAGUGCUGCCAAUCAGUGUCACCUAUCACUGCCAUCAGUGCCACCUAUCAGUGCGCCUAUCAGUGCCAUAUAUGAGUGCUUCUUUCAGUGCCCAUCAGUGAUGCCUGUCAAUGCCCAUCAGUGCCACCUACCAGUGCCUCCUUAUCAGUGCUGCCUAUCUGUGCCCAUCAGUGCAGCCUAUCAGUGCCCAUCACUGCAGCCUCAUUAGCGCACAUCAGUG